AUGACUGAAGUCAUCACCCUCGGAAUCGGCGGAGCCGGAGUCAGCGUCUGCCACAACCUGUGGGACCACUACAUCCAGGAGAGAGACAACAACCAGGAAUACGAGAAGUACAAACAAGCCGUCAACUUCCAUGAGGAUUCAGCAGGGAGUUAUGUCCCCAGAGGGCUCUUCAUUGAUACUGACCCAACUGGGACUGAUUUAGUGCAAGAGUCAGCCAUUAAGCACUGGUUCAAUGACGACCAUUAUUCAACAGGGAGUGAUGGAACUGGCACCAAUUAUGGAGAAGGAAGAUACACUUCUGGAAGAGAACAAAUGCCAGAGAUACAGGAUAAAUUGAGAAAGCAAGCUGAAUCUUGUGACUCUUCUCCAAUUGUUUUUAUGAUAGCAUCCUCUGGUGGAGGAACUGGAAGCGGGCUCUCAGAUCUCAUAUGACAAGAUAUAAAUGAUGAUUUCAAAAUUAUCAGAUAUAAUAUAUACCAGCCUCCUAAUACCAUUGGCCCUGCUAAUGAGUGCUUUAAUAGUAUAUACUCCUCGUGGUUUUCUCAAGAAUUUGCAAAAUUCAGUAUCAAUAUCGAUAACGAGCAAUGAACAAAUAUUCUUAACAGAUUAGGAAUCUCUGACCCAACUUACGAUGACAUAAACACUUUGAUUUCAACCAAUAUUUCAAUGGUUACAGCUGGCAACAGAUUUGGAAGCAAUAAUUCCUACUUCGCCUCCUUAGAGACAAGCAUGAUCCCAUAUCCAAGGAUUAAUUUCAUGACUUCAAGCUUUGCGCCUUGGGAGUAUACUCCUACAGCAACCAAAGAAUUUCCUUCAGUGAGCGAUAUCACAGAGGACUUAUUCAAAUGUUCGAAUUCUUUGAUCUCAACCAGUAGCCAGGAAUCUAAAAUUAUUGCAACAAACAUUAGUUACUUUGGAGAUGUCCAGACAGAUGAUAUCAAAAGCUCUGUUGAAAAUUUCAGGAACUCAGAGCUAAACACCUUCUGUGACGCCACCAAUAAAGGAAUCGGAACCACCAAGGUUGAGUUAGGUGAAGGCUGCACUAGGUUCAGUAACAAGAUCACUGAUACACUGUAUAAUAUGAAGAGAAGCGCAUGCAUAUUGAUGAGCUCUCAAAGAGCAAUAGAGAUACUAGAAAGAGUCUCUAAAACCUUCGAUAAGCUAUAUCACUCAAGAGCAUAUGUCUUUACAUACGUAGGGGUCGGCUUUGAGUCAGGAGAGUUCUCAGAAUGCAGAGAAUGCCAUGCAGCCACGAUUAAAGAUUAUGAAGAACUUGGUAUAACGAUAUCAGAGGGAGAUGAUGAUAGCUUUGAUUAA